AACUAAACACCCAAUUCGAUUAAAAACACACACAUCAAAAAACUUCCUCUCGACUCUGUCUAUCUACAUCCAUGGUUUGCUCUGCUAUCUCAUGGCCAACAAUAACUCACAUCUACCCUGCUACUUUAGUUUCUAUUUUAUUCUUUUGAUCUUCUAUUUCUUCACUAUCUGAUUUUGUAUUUCUUCACUAUUAAUUUCUAUUUUUUAAAUUAUGCAGGUGGUUAGGUUUCGAGUUGGUGUUUUAGCCGCAGCUUGAAAUUUGGGUCUUUGAGUUACAGAUUUCAUCGAGGUUAAACUAUUAAAUAAACUUGCAUCAGCUAGAGCUUCAGGACGGUCUAUAUUUCUACACAUCCAUCUUUAUUAUUUAGAAAAUCUGAUGAAAUAGCAGAACUUAUAUGUCUCCCUACUUUUGAGUAAUGUAAUUACUAUUGUUCCUAGAAUGUACAUGAAUUGAGUUGGCUUAUGUGCUACCUGGUUUUGACGUGCUAAAUUCCAAACCGGAAGAAAGUAUAUUAAUGUUUUAAAAUUUCAAAAAUGAAUAACUGUGAUUCGAAAUAGAGAAAACUGUUCAAGGCAUAGACUUCCUGUUUCCUACUAAUAGUUGUGGAUAGUGACUGGUUCUAUAGCUUCAGCUUAUAUCAUUUUGAAUUUCUCACGGAAAACCCUGUAUGAGGUUGUCUAUCUUCUGAUAUAUUGUUUAUACAAUUAUAGAUAGUAGCAAUAUGCACCAGAAAACCCUGUAUAUAGACAUGAAUAAAGUUGCCUAUCUAUAGUAUUUAUCUUAUUCUGCACAGGGAAAUACUCAGAGACCAGAAUUGUGUGUAGUCACUUGGAACAGUGAUGAGCUUGCAACAGAUGCACUGCCUAUUAAUGGGUUUGAGCAUUAUAAGGAAAAUGAUUUCGUUGCUAAUGCUCCAUUUUUAGGUAAUCCCAGAAUAAGCUGGUGAGCUCCUUUACCCAAACAGUUGUUUUCGAUCUGAACCAACUCAGUCUGCACGAUAAGAUAACCUAAUAGAAUUUAAUAAUGAAAUAUAUACAUAUGGUGGAAUGAGAUCUAAACAAUUAAAGAUAUAUAUUACUAGGCACUGCCUAUAUGUCUAUUCUAGUUUAAUGAUAUAACUGCAAAGGCCGUGUCACAUAUCAAAAAUCGAGGGGUGAGCUUCGUGCUUUAAGUUGUAUUUAUCUUUAUAAGUUCGUAAAUUAUUAUUGAAGAUAACUUAUAUUGUUUUGACUCGUAAAGUCAAACCGUAAAAAUUGCAAUUUUGUAUAAACAGUAACUCGAACUCUUAAAAUUGAGGUUGGCGGGAAUUUUUGACAGCCCAGGGGUGGUGGCCAUUGCAUACCUGGGCUACGUGUUUCGAAGCGAUCAAUAGAUGCCGAUAGCUUUAAACGAUCACAAUUCAGGAUCAGGUGAUUACGGAUUGCAGGGGAAGACCAACAUUGCCAGGCAAUAACGAUAUGUGUUCUAUCUGCAACAAGAAGCUAGCUAUAACUUCUGCUUAUCUUUUCUUCAGGAGAAAUAUUGGCACGACGACAACUUCAACUAAACUUGGGAGCUUCCUUAUAAUUGCGUCUAUUGCUAAGGCACUAUCUGGGACAGGAGGAAUACGUAACCUAGAUGGGGACUCGAUUCCCCUUUCUGAAAGUCUUGUACUCCAAGUUCUCCGACGGAACUCCAUUGACAUAUCAAAGAAGUUGAGUUUCUUUCAGUGGUGCUCUCUCAGGCCUGAUUACAAGCACUCUGCGAAGACAUACUCUCAAAUAUUUCGAAGUGUCUGUCUUCACUGCCACAAAAAUCAGCAGCAGCAACUCCUUGAGGACAUCCUCAACCUGCUUGGCUUUAUGAAGCAAGAUGGUGUUGUUCUUGAUUCUGCAACUUAUAAACUGCUCCUUGAUGCCUUCAUCCGAUGUGGGAAGUUCAGUUCUGCACUAAAAAUCUUGGAUUAUUAUGAAAGUGAUCUUGAAAUGAAGACAACUGCCGACCACUUAAACCUUGACAUAUAUAACUCUGUCCUUGUUGCACUUGUUCGAAAUGAUCAGCUAGAUCUUGCCUUAACUAUAUUUUUCAAGCUUUUCGAUGCAUCAAACGUUAGUAGUACUGACAACGGUCAGAGAAAUAACAACAAUCAUAAUGUAUUUCCCAGUGCUUUUGCUUGUAACGAGCUGUUUGUGGCUCUUCGGAAAGCAGAGAUGAAGGAAAAAUUUAGAGGAAUUUUUGAUAAAUUGAGAGAGAAGCAUAACUGUUUGUUGGACACAUGGGGCUACAAUAUAUGUAUUCAUGCCUUUGGGUGUUGGGGUGAUCUGGCUAUGUCCCUGAGACUCUUCAAAGAGAUGAAGGAAAAGAGCGUUGGCUCCAGCGGUUUCUAUGGUCCUGACUUGUGCACGUAUAACAGCCUUCUUCAUGUGCUCUGCUCUAGUGGGAAAGUGAAGGAUGCACUCCUUGUCUGGGAAGAACUGAAGGGAUCUGGUCAUGAGCCUGAUGCCUUCAGUUAUCGCAUUCUUAUUCAGGGAUGCUCCAAGUCUUACCUGAUAGAUGAUGCAACAAAGAUAUUAAAUGAGAUGCAAUACAAUGGCUUCCGUCCAGAUACUGUUGUUUACAACUCCCUUCUAGAUGGGUUUCUCAAGGCAAGGAAACUUGCCGAAGCAUGCCAUCUGUAUGAGAAGAUGAUUGACGAGGGGGUGAGAGCCUCAUGUUGGACGCACAACAUCCUAAUUGACGGGCUAUUUAAAAAUGGAAGGGGUGAAGCUGCUUACACUCUGUUCUCUGAUUUAAAAAAGAAAGGUCAGUUUGUGGAUGGGAUUACGUACAGCAUUGUCAUAAUGCAUGUUUCAAGGGAAGGUCUGAUUGAGGACGCGUUGGAUUUAGUAAAGGAGAUGCAAAUUAGGGGAUUCCCGGUGGAUUUGGUUACUCUAACAUCACUCUUAAUUUCGCUUUAUAAGCAUGACCGGUGGGAUUGGACUGAUAGGCUUAUGAAGCAUGUUAGGGGCGGCAAUUUAAUGCCAGCCGUUCUCAAGUGGAAUGCCAAUAUGGAAGCAUCAGUAAAAGGUCCACAAAGCAGAGAAAAGGAUUAUACACCAAUCUUUCCUUCCACAGGUGAAUUUUCAGAUAUAUUACAAUUUCUUAGUUCCUCUAGCGGAGUGAUUGGUAUGAAUCUUGCCAAAGAAGGAGUUGGUCAAAACGACAAGGGAACUUCCAAGAUUGAUGUUGACCCAUGGUCUUCAUCACCAUAUAUGGAUCUGUUAGCUGAACAAGUUGAUUCUAAAGAGCAUUUAUCUUCACUUUUUUUCUUGUCCCGAGCAAAACGAAUUGAAGAGAAAGGCAUUGAUUCAUUUGAUAUUGACAUGGUCAAUACAUAUUUGUCUAUUUUUUUGGCCAAGGGAAAGCUAAGUUUGGCCUGCAAGUUAUUUGAGAUUUUCCGUGAUAUGGGUGUUAAUCCUGUGAGUUACACUUACAAUUCCCUUUUGAGUUCCUUUGUAAAGAAGGGUUAUUUCAAUGAAGCGUGGGGCGUUCUUCAAGAAAUGGAUGAAAAAGAUUGCCAUUCGGACAUAGCAACAUACAACAUGAUCAUUCAAGGGCUUGGUAAGUUGGGAAGGGCAGAUCUUGCCAGUGCUGUUCUAGAAAAGCUAAUGAAGCAGGGCGGUUAUCUUGACAUCGUGAUGUAUAAUACUCUGAUUAAUGCCCUAGGGAAGGCUGGUCGAAUUGAUGAUGCAAACAAGCUUUUUGAACAAAUGAAAGUUAGCGGAAUAAACCCUGACGUUGUUACAUAUAAUACCCUUAUUGAGGUCCAUAGCAAGGCAGGCAGAUUAAAGGAUGCAUACAAGUGCUUAAAGAUGAUGCUGGAUGCAGGUUGUCCUCCUAAUCACGUCACAGAUACAACUCUGGACUAUCUAGAGAGGGAGAUUGAGAAAGUGAGAUACCAAAAGGCAUCAAUGAGACGAUCUGAUGAAGGAGAUUUAUCUUGAAAACUGUUUGAUGUGGCUGGUUAUUUGCAUGUUUUAGACUGUAGGGGAUAGGUGUGAUUUAAACUCAAAAGUAUUUUUUGGUGUUCAUUAUCAUGCCUUGUAUUUGUCAUAUAUGUUUAGCAUGGUCUACCAAAGAAAACAUUGCUUCGUCUUCCAAUGUUUCGUUUUGCAAUCUAUUGUCUGGCCAAAUAAGUUACCUAGUCUUGAAGGAGUAGAGUUCAACAGAUUAAUGAUGCUACCCUUGACAUGCAAUAUUGUUCAGGAAAUGUUUUACACUGGGUGGAAGACGAGUUUCCAGUAACGGUUCUUCGUCAGGUGUAUCUAAUAGUAAAAGUGCAACAAUGUCUUUCCUGUAUGUCAGUCUUAAGCUAAUAAGCUCUCUGCGUGUUUAUCUUUCAUGAGACGGUGCUUAUAUUUGCUUAUAAGCCAUAAUUGACUUGUAUGGUGGUUGCCAAGAGGCCCUUUAUUGCUCCAUUUUUUGGAUAUGGAUAUGGAUCAAGGAUUUGAUUUACUAAUGUGAGGAAUGUUGACAUCUUUUCUAAUAGUAUAUCAGAAUCUCCUGGCUGGCCAACUCUGGCAAGCAGUGUGAGGAGCUCUCCUACAAUCAGUGCUCUAUUAGAUCUGUUCUUCUACAUCCAGCAUCCUGAUAUAUAAUGAUCUCUGGCAAGUAUGACUGGCUCUUAUGGACCUUCCAAGCAGAAUUCAGACUCAUGUAGCCUGGUCAGUAGGAUAUUCAAACUCAAUAGAGAACCCAGCCAUGGUCUUUAGACUCUUUAUGAUAAACAGUGAUUCAGGAAUGAAACUUAAUGGUGAAAUUCAGUUGACUGAGCAAAGAAAUAAAUCAGAGCUAGUGGCAUCUGUUGAAUCGUACUGAGAUGGAGAUCUUCAGAAGAAGCAAUCUUAUACUUCUGCAUUGAUUGCACAUUCUGCUAAUUCAGUAACAAGUGGCCAAUUAUAUACACUACCACUAGGCUGAUGUAGUGAAAUCAUUUGAUUUCACAGAGCACAUUAUGUACUGAUAUAUUCUUAUACAACUCGAAGGACUAUAGCAGAGAGACAUCUGGUGCAGAUAAUUCUUACAAUGCCAUGCUCCAGUAAGUAAAUGUAGAUGCUCGAAGCGCUAUAGCAGAGAAACACCUGGUGCAGAUAAUUCUUACAGUGCCAUACUCCAGUAAAAGCUGCAUCCACCAUUAAGGAUCUUAAUGCUCCAAGAGAUCAGUCUGAAUUUAGUUCAGGGUCACGAUUGCAAGUAGCAGAAACUCAUUCCUUUGAAGUUGGAAAAGAUUUGAUAAUUUUAAUAUUCAGACUUCAAGUUUUCCGUAGUCCAGAAGUUUUCAUAAGCGGCCUAAUUUAUAUCAUUUGUCAGAUAAUUCCAAGGGCCUGCAUAUUCAGGAUGCUUACAUUUCACCCAAUGUCAAUGUUGAUUUUCAACCAAAUAUGUUCUUUGCACAAGAAAAUAAUAUCCCAGUUAUGUUGAAUGGUUGUUCUGAGAACCAAACUAGAAGUGUUACUAAUUUGAAUAACAGUAUAACACUGCUUAUAAUUCUUUUAUAUGUUACCAGAUGUGUCUGGAAUGAUGAGUGUUGGAAUGGAGGUGAGUUAAUAAACUCUUUAGCUUGACCUCAGAAUUGGGCUAAUUUCCUCGGUGGAACUGAUAAACUGCAGGGCUCUUGGUGUAUCAUUUUCAAGGAAAGUACAAAACAGCAACCAGUCUAGGUUCUCUUUUGCAAGAGAAGAGGUUGAGAAGAUUGUUAUAUGAUAGAAACUCUAGUGAAAAGUUCUAUUGGCCAACUUUGUUGUGCUUCAGUUCUCCAAUCUUUGAUAAUUGGACAUGUUUGCAAAUAUACAUAUAAGAUGUUCCCAGUACAUCAGUGGAAUUAUCUGGCUACAUUUUGUGUCCAUAAGUUGAUUGUAAUUCAUUAUCUCACAUGCAGCUCUUUGAACAAAAAGAAAAAUUUAUGUUCACGGCAUUGUUGCGUUUUUCCGCUUGGAUUCACUUCUGUAUGAUCGGCAUUUACCUAGUAGUAUGAUCUUAGCAUAUAGACUUUGUGCUCGUCUAAACAUUGUACCUUGAUCUAUCUUGCAGCAGUCUAGAUGGCCUAUACUAUGAAAUUGGUCUGCAAGAAGGUACUUCUGUUAUAGUUGUAGUACAGCCUGCACAAGGUAUGUGAUCGAAGAUUUAAACCAAUAACUGUUGACGGUUACUUGCUUAGUGCUCGAACUUGAAACUUGCUUACGGUUGAUAGUGUAUAUGCUAUGAAAUACAGUUUUUUUUUUUUCAGAUGCCUGUCCACUGCAUUCUUAUUCACCCUUGAAUAUGUAUGUACCUGUAUUGACCCUGUGUUUCGAUACCUGAGAUUCUUGAAAAAAAAAUUAUACAAAAAAUCAAUUAAUUGGUGAUCUUAGAAAUUCUUUAGCUACUUGAACAAUAUGCAUUGGUGAUUAUGCUUAUAUUAUGUCCUUUACAGGAAAACCUUCACAACUCAAGCAAUGUUCUGUAUGACUUGGAUAUUUUUUUAUUCUCAAUAACAAAAAUUGCUGGGGUUAUGAUUUUUGAUCUACAACCUAGCGUUCUUCAUUUGCAAUGCUCCUAGAUUCCAGGGAAUGUAUCAGACUAUCAGUAUCACCCAGCUGGCAGACAAGUUGUGCAAUAAGAGCCUUUCUUCAACGGGACAACAUAAUCGUUCCUUGGCUUGAAGAUUUCAAUUUAGCAGAUUAAACUGGAGGAAGGGAAACGAGUAGAGACUCAGUUUGUAGUGGCGAGUGGCUUGAAAGCAGACGACAUGAGCAAUUCUAGUCAAUUUUGUUUAUAAGCAACAAGCUAUGAGGUACGAGCUAAUGACCCUGUAAUCUGGGCUGGGGCCUAAACCAAGGUUUUAAAUCUUAUUCCGAAGAUAUAUAAUUUCUACAUUUAAGCCUCCUA